GAUGGAGGCUGUGGUCAAACAGGUCAAUGAUGGAGGCUGUGGUCAGAAACAGGUCAAUGAUGGAGGCUGUGGUCGGAAACAGGUCAAUGAUGGAGGCUGUGGUCGGAAACAGGUCAAUGAUGGAGGCUGUGGUCAAACAGGUCAAUGAUGGAGGCUGUGGUCGGAAACAGGUCAAUGAUGGAGGCUGUGGUCAAACAGGUCAAUGAUGGAGGCUGUGGUCGGAAACAGGUCAAUGAUGGAGGCUGUGGUCAGAAACAGGUCAAUGAUGGAGGCUGUGGUCGGAAACAGGUCAAUGAUGGAGGCUGUGGUCGGAAACAGGUCAGCGAUGGAGGCUGUGGUCAGAAACAGGUUGAAUUGGAGGCGCACACAUUUGGUCAUGAAAAUGGUGGGACUAAGAAGAAUGAAGUGGCAUGCAAGAGACCAUUAUAGAAAUGAUGUGGAACUCAGAGUGAGGAUGUUGGGUGUGUGCUCUUCUGUAUGGACAUUGACUUUAUGCUAAAAUGAGAUUCACUAUGUGGGAACAUAGUAAUAAAAUAAUGUGGCUGGGCGCGGUGGC